UAUUAGUCUCAACUAGGAUGCAAGUCUGUGGAGACUGGGCCAAAUACUAGUCUCCACUAGGAUGCAAGUCUGUGGAGACUGGGCCAAAUAUUAGUCUCAACUAGGAUGCAAGUCUGUGGAGACUGGGCCUAUUAUUUUACAAGAAAAUACAUGUGAACAGAAAAUACUUUCUGUCAUCAACACUGCAGCUUAUAACCUAGAACCUUUACAGCCAGUCAGACUUGGAAUUGACUGAAAGGUUAAAAAAAGAAAAAGAAAAGAUGAAGUUGUGGUUCACAUUGUUCUGUGUAACUUGGUAACCAUGGAGUUUUACUGAGGGAGGAGUGUAAGCCCAGCCUAGGGACUCAUAACAUUCUGACUGGCUGCUCGAGGUAGAGGGGUGACGGUUGACUGUGAUUGGAUCACGAUGAAGUCAAAGUGUAAAGACAUCCACCAAUCGAGCAACCUUCCCUGCAUCUUGGAAACAUACCUGCCAUCUAGUGGUGGCAAAAAGGCAGAGAAUGAAGACAGGCCUCAGCGUUGGAGGAAGAAGCUGACCCAGAGCAGAGACACUGGGACUGGCGGUCAGGAUCACCCUGGGAGUGCUGCUAGUGACCCAGACAGCGUCAUUCGCCAGGCUCUGCUAGAUCAGCGCCAUCUAGAGGCGUACAGAAACAUGCACCGUCUCAGAGACAUCCUGUACCGUCGAUACUCUGCCAUGCUCAGAGAUAAGAUACACACACAGAGACAGGAGAUACAACGACGUGCUGAGGCAGCUGGAGCAGUCACCGAGGAUAAACACAUACCGAAACUGAGGAAGCUGACCUGUUCUACUCUCUCCCAUGACAACACAUACCUGAGGUCUCUUCCUCAAACCAGCUACUACCUGAUCUUGGGCCUUCAGAACCAGUUGUCUCGGCAUGGUUGUCUGAAGACCCUCCAGGACCAAGAGGACUUCUGUUUCACGGUUAACCACCACAACCGUGGUCCAGUCCAGCUGCAGAGAACACUACAGGAGAUCAGGAAGAGGAUGAUUGGCAGCCGCUCCACACCUGAUGUGAUGUCAGCGGGAUGGGGUUGGAGCCAGCAGGAGAUGUUAGUAAAGCUCCCUAGAAUUCACGUCACCACCGCGGAGAGAAGACACCUGGACCGGAUUGUCCCUUCAGAGACAGGAAGAAGGCUUAUGCCGGGAGAGAGACUUCCGGAAAGAGGGUCUAGAGAGAGACUUCCACAAAGAGGGUCUGGAGAGAAACUUCCAGAAAGAGGGUCUGGGGAGAGACUUCCAGAAAGAGGGUCUGGAGAGAGACUUCCAGAAAGAGGGUCUGGAGAGAAACUUCCAGAAAGAGGGUCUGGGGAGAGACUUCCAGAAAGAGGGUCUGGAGAGAGACUUCCAGAAAGAGGGUCUGGAGAGAGACUUCCAGAAAGAGGGUCUGGAGAGAAACUUCCAGAAAGAGGGUCUGGGGAGAAACUUCCAGAAAGAGGGUCUGGGGAGAACUCUGCAGCCUGCCUCUUCUCACAGCAGCAGGAACAGGACUAUACUGAGCAAAUGUUUCCCAAGGUGAAGGUUCCCAAGUUUGCAACCCUUCAGCCUAGUUUUCUGAAGAACUUGAAGACGGUGAUGCCAGCUGUGGGAGUUGAGGAGAUACCUGAGAAGAGUAAGAGAGCAGAGAUGACUGUGAGGAUGCUGAGACACAUGCACAGCCAGUCCCUUACCAACAUGGCUGUCUCUCAGAGACUGCUACAGGACAUAAACAGACACUCAUUGGGCUGCUGCUGGGACCACAAGAGGAGUUUCCACGAUCUGACGCAGUAUGUAUUUCCGAGUGUUCACUCUAACGAAGAGAAGAAGAAGAGGUGUGCUGGGAACCUUCCUCCUUUCCUUCCUCUCCCUCCUCCUCCUCCUCUGUCCUACCAGGAAUGGGAUAGGAUCAACCCAGAUGAUUCAGAGGUCCCUAGCCUGGGCCUGGAAGGGCUUGGGCUGAGGACCACACCCUCUGCUGGAAACACAGAAAUAUGUAGCAAGACUCCUGAGCCUUUAUCCAUAGAGGAUGUGUGUCAACGCAACCCGUCAGGGGUGAUAGAUUGUGGAUAUAAGCUUUGGAGGAAUUAUGACGAGGAGACAGCCUAUUGAGUAUCUUCUUUUGAUGUGAUGGCCGCUAGGCUACACCAAUCACCAAUCACCAAUACCAUGAAUAAGAUAAAAGGAUUAUGAGAUUAUGUAUUAUUUUGAGACCAGUUCACUUAGAGACCAGUUCACUGAGAGACCAGUUCACUGAGAGACCAGUUCACUGAGAGACCAGUUGAGACCAGUUCACUGAGAGACCAGUUCACUUUGAGACCAGUUGACUUUGAGACCAGUUCUCUUUGAGACCAGUUGACUUUGAGACCAGUUCACUUUGAGACCAGUUGACUUUGAGACCAGUUCACUUUGAGACCAGUUCACAUAGAGAUCAGUUCACUUAGAGACCAGUUGACUUAGAGACCAGUUCACUGAGAGACCAGUUCACUGAGAGACCAGUUGACUUUGAGACCAGUUCACUUUGAGACCAGUUGACUUUGAGACCAGUUCACUUUGAGACCAGUUCACUUAGAGAUCAGUUCACUUAGAGACCAGUUGACUUUGAGACCAGUUCACUGAGAGACCAGUUCACUUUGAGACCAGUUCUCUUUGAGACCAGUUGACUUUGAGACCAGUUCACUUUGAGACCAGUUGACUUUGAGACCAGUUCACUUAGAGAUCAGUUCACUUAGAGACCAGUUGACUUUGAGACCAGUUCACUUUGAGACCAGUUCACUUUGAGACCAGUUCUCUUUGAGACCAGUUGACUUUGAGACCAGUUCACUUUGAGACCAGUUGACUUUGAGACCAGUUGACUUUGAGACCAGUUCACUGAGAGACCAGUUCACUGAGAGACCAGUUGACUUUGAGACCAGUUCACUUUGAGACCAGUUCACUUAGAGAUCAGUUCACUUAGAGACCAGUUGACUUUGAGACCAGUUCACUGAGAGACCAGUUGACUUAGAGAUCAGUUGACUUUGAGACCAGUUCACUGAGAGACCAGUUGACUUAGAGACCAGUUCACUGAGAGACCAGUUCACUUUGAGACCAGUUGACUGAGAGACCAGUUGACUUUGAGACCAGUUGACUUUGAGACCAGUUCACUGAGAGACCAGUUCACUUUGAGACCAGUUGACUUUGAGACCAGUUCGCUCUGGAUUCCUAUUUUGUUUGUCUUUGACUAUAUCAACAACAACAACAACAACAACAAAAAUUACAAGUGUUGAAUUUUUUAAAAUUUUAUUAUUAGCAGUAUGUGUUUUACUUAUAGAAUGUAUCAUCAACAAUAUGAGUAAAGAACUAAAGGCAAAUAACAAAUAGAAAAGCAAUUCUUUAACUACCAAUUAUUUUAAAGAGAAAUAUAACCAAUGUGUAUUUAGAAUGACACUUUCUACUCACUCGAUUGAUUCUGACUGUGAAUGAUUUAACCGAAUAAUAAAACUUGCUAAGAUGUGUUUUUUGACGGACCUUUUGCUAUGGCUAUUGUUUAAUGGUAUGCGUUAUGGCCUGGACUGCAUUUCCUGUGUUUUGCCACCUACCUGACUACAUCCCAGGACUCGAAACUAACAGAUUUAACAGGCCUCACCUUUAAUCAUGGUCUUCGUGGGAAAUGGUUUGUAAAUUAUUUCAGUCAGGAUAAAUAUUGAUGAUGAAAAGCAGCAAAAUGUUUUAAAUAAUGUGGUAAAAUAUAAAGUGCUUUAUUUGCGGAAAACAUCCAAGCAUGUAUUUUUACAGAGAACGUUUUUUUAAAAACAAAUAUAAUUAAAAUAUCUAGCUGAUUAGAGCUUGAGUAUCAUACAUAAAUUAUUUUAUGCAUUAGCCUAUAGGUCUGAGUCCUACCCAUCAGAAUAUACAGUAUUCAGUAUAGAGCUUAGUAAAACUAUAAAGAACAUCGGAAAGAAAUACCUUAAAGUUAAAAUCUCGGUUUCUUUCUGCAGGUGUGUCUCUGAUAUAGGCUACUGUAUGUGUAAAUAUUGACAGAUUGAAGUAAUAAAGCAAUUCAAAUUGUCUGGUGAGCAAUCGACUUCAGACACGUUACCCAUCCUUCCUAGUCCUACUCAUAUGGCCGCACGCAACCAAUGGCUGACCAGACGGCAUACAUCACAGCUAAGAAGAGCCAAUCGGCGAUCAUCCAAAGAACUAUCCGGCGACGGACUGUGAUUUAGGAGUAGGCUACAUAUUUGGAAACUUGCAAUCUAGUGGAGAAGAUAGAUAUAUCCAAGGGGAUAUAUGAGGGGACAGAUCGCGUAUUUGGGAGCAUAAAAGCGGCCCACAAUCAACUUUUUUUUAAAUUUUUGCAUAGAAAGGCGUAGCCGCGUAAAACGUUAUUUUUCAACCGUGGAGCUGUUGGAUAGAAUGUCCAUAGGUGGCGGGGGCGGCCCAGGGAAGACGACACAGUGCGGGGGAGACCACCUUCUCACUGCCGUGGAGAACGAGCUACAGGCGGGAAGCGAAAAGGGCGAUCCCACGGAGAGACAACUCAAAGUCGUCUUGGAUGGGAACGAACUGUGGCAGAAGUUCAAGGAACUCACGAAUGAAAUGAUAGUAACCAAAAAUGGCAGGCGCAUGUUCCCGGUGCUGAAAGUGGAUGUUUCUGGGCUGGAUCCGAACGCCAUGUACUCGUUCCUGCUGGACUUCGUGGCUGCGGACAACCACCGGUGGUAAUACUUUAACGGGGAGUGGUUUCCUGGGGGCAAGCCCGAGCCUCAAGCCCCGAGCUGCGUAUACAUCCACCCGGACUCGCCAAACUUUGUUGCGCGCUGGAUGAAAGAUCCGGUCUCAUUCAGUAAAGUCAAACUCACCAACAAACGUAAUGGAGGAGGCCAGGUUAGGGCGAAAACAGUCUUAUCAAUUAAAAUUAAAAUAUGUAGGCGUUUGAGUGCUAUCGUUUUCCAAUGAUUUUGAUAACAAUUUAGAUAGGCAAACGUCAAGUAAUAGAUCCUACGUGUAAACACCAUCAAUCACAAUUUUCGAUUGAAAUAAAAGGUAUGUCGAUUUUCAACUGAAACCGAAAGCCUAUUAUUGAACUUUUGUUUCAUUUUUGGUAUAUACACUGCUCAAAAAAAUAAAGGGAACACUUAAACAACACAGUGUAACUCCAAGUCAAUCACACUUCUGUGAAAUCAAACUGUCCACUUAGGAAGCAACACUGAUUGACAAUAAAUUUCACAUGCUGUUGUGCAAAUGGAAUAGACAAAAGGUGGAAAUUAUAGGCAAUUAGCAAGACACCCCCAAAAAAGGAGUGAUUCUGCAGGUGGUGACCACAGACCACUUCUCAGUUCCUAUGCUUCCUGGCUGAUGUUUUGGUCACUUUUGAAUGCUGGCGGUGCUCUCACUCUAGUGGUAGCAUGAGACGGAGUCUACAACCCACACAAGUGGCUCAGGUAGUGCAGUUCAUCCAGGAUGGCACAUCAAUGCGAGCUGUGGCAAAAAGGUUUGCUGUGUCUGUCAGCGUAGUGUCCAGAGCAUGGAGGCGCUACCAGGAGACAGGCCAGUACAUCAGGAGACGUGGAGGAGGCCGUAGGACGGCAACAACCCAGCAGCAGGACCGCUACCUCCGCCUUUGUGCAAGGAGGUGCACUGCCAGCGCCCUGCAAAAUGACCUUCAGCAGGCCACAAAUGUGCAUGUGGCCUGCUGGAGGGGAUCUGUAGAGCUACGAGAAACUAGUGGGCCUGCUAGUGAUAGUGUUGGAGCCAGCACCUCCACACGUGGAGUUAAAUCCACUCAGUCAAGUAGGCCUACUCCACGACCAACAGCAACGCAGUCUUCUGUGGACCAGUUUAUGCCAAAGUCUAUGUCUGUAGCAAAACAAGGCCAAAUUGAUAUUGCAUUGGCUAAAAUGAUUGCCACCGAUUUCCAGCCAUUUUCGAUCGUGGAGGACAGAGGUUUUAGAAAUUAUAGCAAUAGUCUAAAACCAAUGUACACAAUUCCAAGCAGGAAAACCCUUUCAAAAUCCCUUAUUCCACAACUGUACAGGAGCACACAGGCUUCAGUGAGGGAAAGAGUCCAAAAAGCUACUGCAGUUUGCCUUACCACUGACUGCUGGACAUCAAGGCUAAACCCACUUCUUACAUGUCGGUUACAUGUCACUUCAUUGAAGAUUUUUUCGAUGUCUAUCUGUCUUCUGGACUGCUAGUAAAAGCAGCUGUGGAAUACUUCCACAGGAGCACAGUAGGUGCUGAAAAAAGAAAGUCUACACAACGCCAGAUAGGGAUGCCUGAGCUGAGGCCUAAACAAGACUGCACUACAAGGUGGAAUUCAACAUUUUAUAUGUUGAAGGGGUUUCUUGAGUCAAAGGAUGCCAUCAUCUCUACCUUGGCCAUUGUCAUUGGUGCUCUGACCCAAGAGGAAUGGGAGGUGAUGGAGGACGUGGAGGAGGUGUGCAGAGUCCUGAAACCCUUUGAGCAGGUCACUGUGGAGAUCAGUGGAGAGAGGAGUAAGCAGUUAUUACUACAUCAUUAUUUAAUCCAGUGUUAUAUAUGUAUAUGAGCAGUAGAUGAGAAUGUAGUAUCAAUAGACAAAACAUGAACCUGAACUAAUAAGUUACUGUUCUCUAUUUUCAGCUAUGUGACAGCCUCAAAAAUCAUACGCCUGUGUAAAGGUCUGCAGUGAAUCACAGCCAGCCGCCAGAGAGAAGCAAAUGUAACCUCAGGACAUGUGACAGAGUUGAUGGACACCCUAUGUUCAUCAAUGAACAGAAAGUUCCACAGAAUGGAAUAUAAUCACAUGCUAUCAGAAACCGCUGCACUUGACCCCAGGUUUAAGACGUUAGCCUUCAGUGAUGCCAGAGCGAUUGAUGAGGCUCUUCAAAGAAUAACCUCAGCAGCAGGGAGGAACAGCCCCAACAGUCAGCUGGCUCAGGCACCAGGGCAACAGGAAGAAGAGGGAUCAGAUGGAGCAGAAGCACCAGCGGGAAGGAAUCCCUCAGCAGAUGCCGUAAUGGAGGUCCGAUCCUAUUUUGAGGAGCCCCUCCUCCAAAGAUCUGCAGAUCCUCUGAGCUGGUGGAAGAACAAGGCCUCUGUCUACACACGGUUAACUAAAGUCAGAACAGGGAGACUCUGCAUAGUGUCCACAUCCGUUCCCUCUGAGAGGGUCUUCUCAAAAACGGGACAAAUAAUUACUGCGAGAAGAAACCUCAUCAGCCCCUCGAAAGUGAGUCAGCUUGCAUUUCUGAAUGCAAAUCUCUCAUAAAAGCAAAAUAUGGUCAGCGUCACUGUGUGCUGCUGGUUAUAACAUGGCAAUAACGAAGAGAGAGAAAAGAGGGACCAGUUUAAUGUUGUUAGUGGGAUGCUGGUUAUAACAUGGCAAUAAAGAAGAGAGAGAAAAGAGGGACCAGUUUAAUGUUGUUAGUGGGAUGCUGGUUAUAACAUGGCAAUAAAGAAGAGAGAGAAAAGAGGGACCAGUUUAAUGUUUUAAGUGGGAUGCUGGUUAUAACAUGGCAAUAAAUAAGAGAGAGAAAAGAGGGACCAGUUUAAUGUUUUAAGUGGGAUGCUGGUUAUAACAUGGCAAUAAAUAAGAGAGAGAAAAGAGGGACCAGUUUAAUGUUUUAAGUGGGAUGCUGGUUAUAACAUGGCAAUAAAUAAGAGAGAGAAAAGAGGGACCAGUUUAAUGUUUUAAGUGGGAUGCUGCAGUUUUGCACAUUGUUAUUUAUUUUUCUUUGAUAUGGUGCAAUAUUAUAUGAUGCUGCUCAGAUUGUAUUCGUUUUGAAUGGUUAGACUUAUAUGCACUUUGUUUAUAUACAUUAAAAAGUUAUACUUUAAA